UGAACUUUGGAGAGAAGCUCCAUCAUGCUGUAUUCAAUUACACAGCAGCCAGGUCUGUGCGUUAAAAAUGGCGUUGUUCUUCAGAAAUCCCACCUCAAAAACCAAAAAAUGAGUAGGUGGAAGUGCUUUGCAGUGUCAAAAUCACAGCAGAAACCAAGAAAAGAUCAGAACUUGUUAUCUGUUUCUUUGAGAUCUUUCAGUGACAUACCGCUUUAUGAGCCUCAAGGGAAAGCUUCUUUUGAUCAGUACUUGGAAGAUAAACCCAGAGUGGUGAAAGCAACAUUUCCAGGAAAAAGUGAACAGCUCAACCAGGAAGAGUGGAGAAUUGAGACACCAAAAAUCGAGUUUCUGUUUCUGAAGAUAUGGCCAACCAUUGAUAUCAAAAUCAUCAGUAAAACCAGUGGAGAAGGCUACCCAUCUGAUGUUCCUCAUAAUAUCACAAAAGUUCUUGACCUUCAAAUGACAAAUUGGGAGCUCAAUGGGAUCCAUAGAGACUACAGGCCAUCUUCAGCCAAUGUUUGUUCCAGAGGAGCUAUUUACAGUAAAAAAUUUGGAAUCAGAAGCCGCCUUAAGUUUCAACUCCAAAUAAAUCUCAGCUUCCAUAUCCCGGACGCUCUGACUUUCGUUCCGAAAGAUGUUUUCCAGAGCAUCGUAGAGAAGGGUUUGAAGGCAAUGGUUGAGGACGUGAAGCUUAAAGCCAUGGAUAGAUUGGUUGAGGAUUAUUGUGCAUUCAGGAAGGAGAAGAAGAAGUAAUUAGUAGAACAUAAGUAGAAGCAUAGAAGAUAAAAGCAUUUGGGAAAGUAAACAAAUUAGCUCAAAGCAUUUCUGUAUAUUCUCAAUGUAAACGAAUACCAUGUCCUGUAAGGUAUUAGAAACAGUAUAUUAAAUGUU